UCUCAUUCAAACUGUCAGCCAGCAGCUCUGGAGGUGCCUGCUGAGACUCACAGACAAAGAGCAGAGAGAGGGAGGUACAUACUCGGAGCGGAGAGGGAGGCGCACACUCGGAGUGGGCAGCCGGACGGAGAGGCAGCGAUGCAGGCGACGGGCUUGGAGCGUGUGGACUCCUCACACGGCCACCAUGGCUCUGGUCCAGGCCCUGCCUGUCUCCAGUGACCCCUGCAACUCCGCCAUCAGCGCCCAGUGUCCCUCGUCCCCGCCCCCACCGUCACCCCCUGCUGGUGCCAUGGGCUCAGUCAGCAGUCUCAUCGCGGGCCGUUCAUACCAGGAGCGCCACUCCCGGGCCGGCGACCUUGGGGCUCGGGUUCGCAAGCCCACGCCUGGCACUGGCUGCUUCCGUGGGGGCAGCUCAACGGAGCACCUGGUGGGCCACGACCCACCCCCCCCUGGCAGGAGGCAGCCCCCCCCCGCCACCAGUGACAACUCCAGCUACGCCUACCUGAACGAGGACUUUGUCGGUGACUGGAACGACAACCUUGUGUCGACGGGUAGCCCCAUCAGUGAUGCUGAGGAUGCAAGAGAGGUGCGGGUCCUCAACGGGAACAUAGGGGGGCCCCCUCCCAAGCUUGUCCCUGUUUCGGGGAAGCUAGAGAAGAACAUGGAGAAGACGGUGAUCCGGCCCACAGCCUUCAAGCCUGUGUUGCCCAAGAACCGGAACUCGGUGCAGUACCUUUCCCCUCGGCCAGGGGGCACCCUUUCAGAGAGCCAGGGCAGCCUUAACCUUCUCCUGCCGGUGUCCAGUGGCUCGCCAGGUUGUGGCGAGAAGCGCGGCUCCUACAGUGGGGGCCGUGGCGGUGGCGGCGGGGGGGGCAGCCAAUCCUGCGCCACAUCCGAUUCGGGCCGUAACUCCCUGUCCAGUCUGCCCACCUACAGCAGCACGGGCUACGGGCUGGGGGUGGGGGAGCCCUCUGUGGGCCCCCCAGAGCCAGUCCGGGCUGCCCCUGGCCACUCCACCUCGGACAGUGGGCGUUCCUCGUCCAGCAAAAGUACAGGUUCUAUGGGAGGACGGUGCCGGCCACUCUCCGACGGCAGCUCCAGCGGGGUGCGCUCGCCAGUGCCCGCCGAAGGCUACGAGGGUGUGGUCCGCGACCUAGAGGACAAGCUGCGCGAGAGGGAGCUGGAGCUGCAGCAGCUGCGGGAGAACCUGGACGAGAACGAGGCGGCCAUCUGUCAGGUGUAUGAGGAGAAGCAGAAGCGCUGCGAGCAGGAGCUGGAGGAGCUGCGGCAGAGCUGCGCCAGCCGGAUGCGCCAGGCGUCGCAACGCGCCCAGCGUGCCCAGCAGGUGCUGCAGCUGCAGGUCUACCAGCUGCAGCAGGAGAAGAAAAAGCUGCAGGAGGACUUUGGGCAGCUGCUGCAGGAGCACGAACUACUGGAGAGCCGCUGCGCCUCAAUCCAGCGGCAGCAGACGCAGCUGGGCCCACGACUGGAGGAGACCAAGUGGGAGGUGUGUCAGAAGACGGGCGAGAUCUCACUCCUGAAGCAGCAGCUGAAGGACCUGCAGGCAGACCUGGCACAGCGCACUGGCGAGAUCGUCACACUGAAGGCGCAGCUGCGCGAGGCCCGGGCAGAGCUGCAGGCGGGCGAGGCGCGCGCUCAGGAGGCCCGCGCCGCUGCCCGUGCUCGCACUCUCGAGCUGGAGGUGUGCGAAAACGAGCUGCAGCGGCGCAAGAGUGAGGCGGAGCUCCUGCGUGAGAAAGCCAGUCGGCUGGAGGAGGAGACGGUACGCCUCCGUGAGGCCCUUGGCCAAUGCAGAGCCACCAGCCCACCUCCUGGGCGGGCCCCAGUGCUUAGCCCCACCCACCAUGAGGCAGAUGAGCGGCUGCUGACCUGCGAGAGUGAUGAGGUGAAGGCGCAGCGGCAGGGCUGCGGGGCGGGCGGUGGCACGCAGGCGCUACGGCAGCAGGUGGAGCGGCUGCGGGCGGAGCUCAUGCUGGAGCGGCGGCGGGGCGAGGAGCAGCUGAGCACCUUCGAGGGCGAACGGCGCGUGUGGCAAGAGGAGAAGGAGAAGGUGAUCCGCUACCAGGAGCAGCUGCAGCAGAACUACGUGCAGAUGUACCGGCGCAACCGUGAGUUGGAGCGCGUCAUGCGGGAGCUCAGCCUGGCACUGGAGAGCCGGCAGCUGGAACAUGCAGCCGUCGGCAAGAUCCACUUUGAGGAGAUCGCCGCCACUGAGAUCUAGGCCGGGCCCUCCAGAACUCUCCUGGCGGCUUCUUCCAGAGGCGUCCCGGAGCACCUGGACCAUAAGAUCCUUCUAUUGUUUCACGUCAAUGACAUGUAUUAAAGCACAGAAACACACUACACACAUGGCAAUAAAGCAAUCGGGCAGUAUCCAGGGACGCAUAUUCCAGGCAGGGGGUUAUUUAUUUAAUUACUGCAGCUCGUCAGGGUUGAAUAUCACUUGCUCCCAAUACCUGACAUGGCAUAAAGUGGCAGCAGAGCAAAGUAGAGAGCUGGGCUUGCAAGUGCCACUAAGCCAGGUGCGAGGGUCUCACUAGGCAGACCAGGGCCAGGGCUGUGGGUCAGCUGACACCCCGCGGGGUGUCUGCCUCGCUGAGGUCAGCUUCGCUGAGGUGUCCCCCUUGGGGCUGGUUGGACUUUCGCGUCGUCAGGGUGUCAGACGGCUCAGGAAUGCACCAAGAACAUGGGCAAUGCCGCUUGCGCAAGUAGAUUUCUGGUUAGUGACACGGUUACGUUCGAAAAUGCACUAGUCCACGAAGGUGCUGUUUGGCCAAAGUGGGGACACGUCCUCAGGCAGGACACAGAGCCUUUCAGAGGGAAGUGGUGCUCGGUAACCAUGCUCAGGGUGUGUGGGGGAACCUGAACAUGCGGGUCACGUCGGGGACGCCUCACCCAGCCCGCUGGGCCCAUGUUGCAGGUGGUCCGAUGUGAUGGGCGCUUUGAUCUCACUUCUCUCAGACUCACUUUGCACGUGGUGUGUUGCCGACUCGCGGCAAAAAAUGGGACACGGGACACGCCCCACCCCAUCCCAGACAUCCCCAGGGGGACAGGCGUCUAUCGGCGCGAGUGAGGCGUUCCAUGGGAACGACCCCCCCAAAACUGCAUCAUCAUAAAAGCCUCGCUUUAUAGACCCCCAUCGAUCUUCCUUGCUUUUAGCGGGACGGUGUCCGAUAACACUCCUGGUGAGGCGGGGUUUCUCUUUCGUUAAGCGAAGGCAUUAGCAUGCGCCUGGGGACGGGACACCCGAGUGAGACGGGUAAACGAUACAUAAUUACAUAGAUUAUUCAGAUCAUAAACAGCUAUCACGCGAGCUCCGUGCCUGGCUUCGGGUUACACUAGUGCACCCAACUAACUGGCUAGUUUAGCAGUAGCAUAGCGACGGCUGUUCAGGGGCAGAGCGCAGGUGCGGGAUGGCGAGGACACGGGUCCGCGCCCGUUUGCCGAAUCCCGGCUCUCCCAUCGCUGGCUCCGUACGACCUUGUGACUCUGGAGAAAGUUGCCGUCUUAACACACAAAGUAGUUUGAAUUUCAACUCAUUAAGUGCAAACCGAUGAACUUUCUUCAGUGGAAACAUAUAUUAUCCUUUUAUAUAAUGCUGUAUAUUUUUUGGAAGAUAAAUGCCAGCAGAAGAGUAUUUUUGGAAACGUUAAAAAAAAAAAAAGUCUGAGUUAGCAGUCGCACAAGUGAGUCUCUCCAGGAAAAGUUUCACUCCGUGAGAAAGGUUCAGAGCUUAAGCGGAAAUAAAAUCCCCGGCUGCCGUAAUGAGUGCAUGAAGCGAUUCCCUCACCGACGCGAAACCUGACCCAUUCCUCCACAAAGGCGGCGGAGGAUGAAGGGUGAACACUUAACUCGAAACACCUGUGGGGGCUGUCUCCACGUCGGCGCUGUUUACUCGCCACUCGACCCCCCCGGGAGGACAGGAAGACUGACAAUAGUAGGAAGAGCUGACAGCUGGAGGGAGCGGAUGGGGGAGGCUGCGGAUUCGCCGGUCACUGUCCAGAUUUGGACGGCAUUUACCCAGGGUUCAGCUGUUGUCCUCCAGCCGGGACGUCUCAGGAUGUGAGGACAGUGGGGUGGGGGCGACCCCUGGGCCAGCAUGCCUGCCCUCCUUGUACAUUUUCCAAACCAGUGACUCAUGCAUGGUGACAUAGUGUAGGGCUCUAUGCAGGCACACUAUACCUGUUCCAGGAGACUAGGCACUCUGAUUAGACCAAAGCACCACCAGACCUUCGCUGCUCCAUUCUCGUUUGUUUUUGUUUUUUGCGUGUCUCACCCCUUCCUGUGUGCCACUCCAUGUGCUGUUUUCUCCACUUUUUAAUCCAACAUUUAUGUACGCUAGUCAUCCUAUGUAUAAUUUUCAUGCUGUAAAUAUCUUGUAAAAACUGUUUUUAAUAAUAAAAAAACCUAAGGAAAAUGAA